AGGCAGCGGCGGCCGGGGGCGGAGUGGGAUCCGGAGACGGAUCGAGCCCUCACCACGGCCCGCCACCAUGGGCCCGCGCCGCCGCCUGCCACCCGGGCCGCACGGGCCGUGAGCGCCAUGGCCGUGGCUCCCGCGGGCGGCCCAUGCGCGCCGGCGCUGGAGGCCCUGCUCGGGGCGGGCGCGCUGCGGCUGCUCGACUCCUCGCAGAUCGUCAUCAUCUCCACAGCGCAGGACGCCAGCGCCCCGCCAGCCCCUGCUGCGCCCUCCACUGGACCCAAUGAUGCCGACCUGCUGCUCUUCGCUACACCGCAGGCGCCCCGACCCUCACCCAGCGCUCCGCGCCCAGCGCUCGGCCGUCCUCCGGUGAAGCGGAGGCUGGACCUGGAAACUGACCAUCAGUACCUGGCCGAGAGCAGUGGGACAGGCCGGGGCAGGGGCCGCCACCCAGGGAAAGGUGUGAAAUCUCCGGGGGAGAAGUCGCGCUAUGAGACAUCACUGAAUCUGACCACCAAACGCUUCCUAGACCUGCUGAACCGCUCAGCUGAUGGUGUUGUCGACCUGAACUGGGCAGCUGAAGAACUGAAGGUGCAGAAGCGACGCAUCUAUGACAUCACCAAUGUCCUUGAGGGCAUCCAUCUCAUCUCCAAGAAGUCGAAGAACCACAUCCAGUGGCUGGGCAGCCAAACAUCUGGGGGCACCAGCAGGCAACUUGAAGCACUGAGCCAGGACCUCCGGCACCUGGAGGAGAACGAGCAGCAGCUGGAUCAGUUGAUCCAUGCUUGUACCACACAGCUGCAGCUCCUUGCUGCAGACACUGACAGCCAGCGCCUGGCCUACGUGACCUGCCAGGACCUGCGCAGCAUUGCCGAUCCUGCGGAGCAAAUGGUCAUGGUGAUCAAAGCCCCCCCUGAGACCCAACUCCAAGCCUCGGACUCCUCGCAGACCUUUCAGAUCUACCUUAAGAGCAAACAAGGCCCCAUCGAUGUUUUCCUAUGCCCCGAGGAGAGCUCAGAUGGGACCAGCCCUGGAAAGACCCCAACCCAGGAGAUGGCUUCUCUUAUCGAGGAGGACACAGUGGCUGUUCCUGCCACCACAGUAUCACCGCCGUCACCUCCUUCCUCCCCCUCUGCCACAGAACCUGACCAGCCACUGCUCAGUCUGGAGCAAGAACCACUGCUGCCCCGGAUGGGUGGCCUACGGGCCCCUGUGGAUGAGAACCGCCUGUCCCCGCUGGUGGCAGCUGACUCGCUCUUGGAACAAGUGCGAGAGGACUUCUCCAGCCUCCUUCCUGAGGAGUUCAUCAACCUGUCCCCUCCUCAUGAGGCUCCUGAUUACCAGUUUAGCCUCGAGGGCCAGGGCAUCAGAGACCUCUUUGACUGUGACUUUGGGGACCUCACCCCCCUGGAUUUUUGA